AGAGAGAUAGAGUUGUUUAUGUAGUUAGUAUGGAACUAACCAAGGUACUAGUGCUGUUUGCAGCUGGUUGGACCAUUUCCCUGGCUUUACCUGUACAGGUCCUUAAUAUCACAACUUAUGAUGAUACAUCGUUUGGAACAAUAUUAACGAGUAACGAACGCAUCAUUGACCAACUACUUGAAGGUGACAUCGCACCUCGCCCUGCACCUUCUCGUGGUGCCAUGGUCUGUUCAAAUUGCUUCUGGCCACAAACCAAACCUGGGAAGGUUAUUGUGCCUCUUUUGUUUUCCACUGAAUACUCAGAGAAAGAAAUUUUAACAAUGAAAGAAGGUCUCAACCAGUUUCAAAUCCUCACCUGUGUGAGUUUUGUUGAUAGAACAACAGAAAAAGAUUAUAUCAGCAUAGAUCCUGGAAAAGGGUGCUGGUCAGUUCUUGGGAAAGUUGGUGGAAAACAGACUAUAAGCCUAGAGCAACCAAACUGCAUAAGCAGCGGAACAGUUCAACAUGAAAUGAUUCAUGCGCUGGGAUUUUACCAUGAACAGAAUAGGAGUGACAGGGAUGCAUAUGUAAAUAUCCUCAAAAAAAACAUUUGUCCAGGAAGGUUUUACAACUUUGAACUGAGUGUUACAAACAAUUUGGACCUUCCGUAUGAUUAUGACUCGGUCAUGCAUUAUCCACGAAAAGCUUUCACAAUUACUGGUGGAGAUACUAUAGUCCCAAAACCUGACCCUAAAGUGGAAAUUGGAAGGACAAAUUGGAUGAGUCAUCUGGAUGUAAAGAAAAUAAAUUUAAUAUAUAAUUGCAAUCUCUGUCGGACAAAAUUUACAAGGUUUACUUCCGGCACUUUCUCUUCUGCCGACUUCAAAUUUGGAAAUGAUAAAAUCUGUGUCUGGGGUUUUCAAACUCCACAGUAUCUGAACCAAAAGGUUUUUCUGGAAAUCUAUGAACUCAAUAUCCCACAAUCCUCUGGGUGCAGUGACUCUUACUUGAAAUUUUACAAUGGUGACAGUCGUGAAGCAAAGGUUCUUCAGGACAAGACCUGUGGGUCUACAAUAAUCCCUCUUUUAAUUUCUUCUCAAAAGAGCCUGUUGAUGGAGUUUGUGAGCAAUCUUGAACUUUCUCAAAGCAAAUUUAAGGCUUUCUAUAAAACAGUUACUGAUGGAGAUACUUUCUUCAAUGAUAAUGGAAAUGUGAAUUCGCCAUCAUAUCCUAAUUCAUAUCCCCAUAAUGCAGAUGCUGUUUAUACUAUAAGAGCACCAUCUGGUAAAAAGGUAUCUAUGACAUUUUCUGAGCUUAAUAUAGAAUAUUGCAAAUUUACUUGUUCCUGCGUCUGUGACUAUGUGAAGAUAUUUGAUGGACCCUACUUCAAUGGUCCUGUUCUGGGCAGUUUCUGUGGGUUUGCUGUACCUUCUUCUGCUGUGGUAUCUACGCAAAAUGUAGUUAUAAUAACUUUUCAUAGUGAUGGCUUGAAGAAUGCACGUGGAUUCAAGUUACAAUAUACAUUUGUGGGCUGAUUUAGAAGAUUUCUGAAGACCAAUUUGGAAAAGUGAAAAUACAAAUACCCAGCUUGUGUGUGUUUGUUUUUUUGUGUGUUGUUUUUUGUUUUUUGUUUUUAUAGAAAAAUGAAGAU